GUUAUUUAAAAAAACUUUGCCAUUCUUGGUUAUGCUUUUUAUUUUCUGAAAUAGUCUUUCUAUCCUGUUAAAUAAUAAUGCAUAGAGAGGGUGUGUUUAAUAUUAUAUUUAACUCCACAAUUAUUCGUCCUGUAAAGUUCUAUCUUGGUGGGUUUUACAACAUCUCUCAUGUUAAGUAUUAUUACAUCUUUCUGUGCUUUGUGUACAUCAUGACUGUCCUUGGCAAUGGCUUUCUGCUUUCUGUUAUCUACCUGGUGAAGACUCUCCACACUCCUAGAUACAUAAUAGUGUUUAACUUGGCUCUGACAGAUCUGUGUGGGAGCACUGCUCUCAUCCCAAAACUAUUGGACACAUUUCUGUUUGAGAGGAGAUACAUUGUUUAUGAGGCAUGCCUAAGUUACAUGUUCUUUGUUUUAUUCUUUGGAGGUAUGCAGUCAUGGACGCUUGUCACAAUGUCAUAUGACAGAUUAAUUGCAAUUUGCUUUCCAUUAAGAUACAAUGUUUUUGUCACAAGAAAAUCAAUAGUCAUGAUUCUGCUGUUUUCAUGGAUUUGUAUGUUGAUGGUAAUUGCAGUCUUGGUUGGACUUCUUGAGCGCCUGUCCUUCUGUGGAUCUAUAGUAAUACCAAGUUUUUUCUGUGACCAUGGACCAACAUAUCGCUUGGCAUGUAAUGAUAUAUCUAUAAACUACAUCAUGGCUAACGUCACCUUUUCUGUAGUCGUUUCUGUUCCCCUUGUACUGAUAGGUGCCACCUAUCUUUGCAUUUCUAUAGCGCUGAGCAGGAUUGCAUCUGGAGAAGAACGACUUAAAGCAAUGCGAACUUGUACUUCUCAUCUGAUUCUGGUGGGACUUUUUUUUAUACCAUAUCUGGGCACCAAUAUUGUUGUAAAAACUACUGGAAUUAAUCCGAAUGUGCGGAUAUUGAACUCUAGUUUAUCACACACUGUUCCCUCUCUGCUAAACCCUAUCAUAUACGCUUUAAAGACAGAAGAAGUGAUAAAUGCUCUGAAGACACUUUGCAAAAGAAAAAAAAAUAACAGAGCAGUCUCAAAAUGGUAA